UCCGCGGGAGCGCCGCAGCCACAGCCGCGCACCCGAAUUCCGAGGUCCGACAGCACCCGGCCCAGACCCCACGCCUGCCAGGAGCGAGCCAGCCGGCCGGCGCGCUCCGACCCCAGCAGUCUCUGCCCUUCGGCCCGAGCCCCGCGCCCUUCCCGGGACCUCUGCCCCGCGGGCAGCGUUGCCACCCUGCCGGCCAUGGAGACCCCGUCCCAGCGGCGCGCCACCCGCAGCGGGGCGCAGGCCAGCUCCACCCCGCUGUCGCCUACGCGCAUCACCCGGCUGCAGGAGAAGGAGGACCUGCAGGAGCUCAAUGACCGCCUGGCGGUCUACAUCGACCGUGUGCGCUCGCUGGAGACGGAGAACGCGGGGCUGCGCCUCCGCAUCACCGAGUCCGAGGAGGUGGUCAGCCGCGAGGUGUCGGGCAUCAAGGCCGCCUACGAGGCCGAGCUCGGGGAUGCCCGCAAGACCCUCGACUCGGUGGCCAAGGAGCGCGCCCGCCUGCAGCUGGAGCUGAGCAAAGUGCGCGAGGAGUUCAAGGAGCUCAAAGCGCGCAAUACCAAGAAGGAGGGCGACUUGAUGGCCGCCCAGGCCCGCCUCAAGGACCUGGAGGCCCUGCUCAACUCCAAGGAGGCCGCCCUGAGCACCGCGCUCAGCGAGAAGCGCACCCUGGAGGGCGAGCUCCAUGACCUGCGGGGCCAGGUGGCCAAGCUCGAGGCCGCCCUGGGUGAGGCCAAGAAACAGCUCCAGGACGAGAUGCUGCGGCGGGUGGACGCGGAGAACAGGCUGCAGACCCUGAAGGAGGAGCUGGACUUCCAGAAGAACAUCUACAGCGAGUUACUGACCUACCGCUUCCCACCAAAGUUCACCCUGAAGGCCGGGCAGGUGGUGACGAUCUGGGCUGCAGGAGCCGGGGCCACCCACAGCCCCCCUACCGACCUGGUGUGGAAGGCACAGAACACCUGGGGCUGCGGGAACAGCCUGCGCACGGCUCUCAUCAACUCCACCGGGGAGGAGGUGGCCAUGCGCAAGCUGGUGCGCUCAGUGACCGUGGUCGAGGACGACGAGGACGAGGACGGAGACGAUCUGCUCCAUCACCACCAUGUGAGUGGCAGCCGCCGCUGA